AUGUGCACAUCUCUAAUCCGGUUGAAAUCGAACAUUUAUUUACUAAAAUCAUACCAUAAGCAUGUUGCAGCGCCUGUCGCGUGGAUUUUCCUCCUUAAGGCGAUGUGGCGGCCGGAUGGCUUCUACCAUGCCCACCAAUCAGGAACUGGCAGGCGAGGAGACAGAGGUCAGUGCGAGGGUGAAGAGGAUUCGCGCGGAAUUGGCCGCUGACAAGCAGAAACUAAAGUGGCGGACUCCCAUCGGCGACCGACCGGAGGAUUGGAACAGCAAACUAAAACUGUUCUCCGAUGCAGAACAGACCUCUGAUUUCAUCGUGAUGAUGCAGAAGCCCAUUGAUUUUAGUCCCAAAAAUAUAAGGAGAUGGUGGGAUAAUCGAGAAGAGCGAAUCGAACGCCACAUGCAACAAUUUAUCCCGGAAAGACAUAAGAUUCUGGGUGCCGAAUUGGCUGCCGCACAUUUCAUCCUCUAUCGCGGUGGUGCCGCCAAAUUUAUCAACGAUUCCCGAUGGCAUCGGGCCACAGAGGAUGGUGAAUUCAACCUGCCUAAUAAGUUCGAUCCUGGAUAUAAGGUGGAGGCCUUAAGGUGUGAUAAUAUGGUCCUCUACUACGAGGGAUUGGAGAAUCUGCGCUGCCUGGAUUCUCUGAAGUUUUUGUCCUUUCACAAUGUUAAAACCUUUGAUGACUGGUGCCUGGACAGAAUAUCGGGAGGUGGUUUUCCUCAUCUGGAGGUGUUGGACCUCUCAGGUACCCAAAUCACCACCAAUGGACUGGCAUGUCUGUAUCGCCUACCGCAGCUUAAAUUACUUAUCCUGGAUGAUCCCAAGAAGACUCUGGAACUGGAACUGGCUACGUCCAUGUUGGAGGAGUCUAUGCCCACGCUGAAAAUUGUAGGAGCCGAUGUUAUUCACAGCCAAGGCUAAAUUUGUUAAUGUGUAAAUACCAAAUUUAUAGGAUUAUAAAUUAAAUUAUACAAAAAUAUUACAAGUUAAAA